AUGGCUUCUGCAUCUUCAUUUAUACUUUUCAUACUUCAAGCUUGUGCUUGUCUAUUUUUCUACAACAUAGGAGCUCAAGCAAAUAAAACAUUUUCGGCAAUUUUCUCGUUUGGAGAUUCAAUUCUUGAUACAGGCAUGAAUAACAAUCUUCUCUCAGGUAGGUGCAAUUACCCUCCAUAUGGAAGAGACUUCCCGGGAAAAGUUGCAACGGGAAGAUUUUGCAAUGGAAAAAACCCCACAGACUUGAUAGCGGAGGCUUUGGGAAUUAAAGAUACUGUACCAGCUUAUCUUAAACCAGACCUUCAAAGUGAUGAUCUCCUAACCGGUGUAGGCUUUGCUUCCGGGGGCUCAGGAAUUGAUCCAUUAACAUCUAGUACAUUGGGAGUUGUGGCAAUGUCCCAACAGUUACAAUACUUCAAGGAUUACAUAGGUAAGCUAAAAGCGAUUGCAGGUGAAGAGAAAGCAAAAGCCAUCAUAGCCAACAGCCUUGUUCUAAUGUCAGCUGGCAACAAUGACAUUGGAGUAUCAUAUAAUGCUGGUAUGAGGAAAUUAGAGUAUACUUUUCCUGCAUAUUGUGCUCAAUUGGUUACCUGGUCUACCACUUUUUUGGAGCAAUUGUAUGCACUGGGGGCAAGGCGAUUUGGUGUUCUUAGUACUGUAGCAUUUGGAUGCGAGCCAUCAGCAAGACUUACAGGAGGGUCAUCUUGCUCAAUGGCCGCAAACCUAGGUGCACAAAUGUACAAUAAUCUGUUAAAAGCAGGAAUAGCCUCCCUUCAAAGCAAGCAUCCCGAUGCCAAGCUGGUCUUUUUCGACAUCUUUACCCCUCUAGUUAACAUCGUCAGUAAUCCUCAGCAAUUUGGCUUUCAAAAUGCCAAUUCUGGGUGCUGUGGCGGCACUAGUAUAUGUCUUCCAUUUAGUCCCUUCACUUGUCCAGAUGCUUCUACCUAUGUCUUUUGGGACUUUGUUCACCCCACUGAAAAAACUUACAGAAUAAUUGUCUCUGAUGUACUCAACAAAACUCUUUCCAGUUUCUCUUGA